CUGCCGGAUUGUCUUGCGUACCGCGCUUCCGGCGGGUCUCCUUCGACAUGAGCUGCGGUGCAUCAUCCCCGGCGUCGAAGGUACACGGUGACGUGUUCGUGUGCGAACACAUGACAGACCAGCAGCCGAGCAAGUUGCCUGGAGAAUGUCAAUGGUACGAGUAGAGUGUUUUGUAUGAACGCAUGCCACCCACUUGUGAUGAACACAUGCCACCCUCUUGUGAUGAACAGAGUGUGUGGAGUCGUCGGGGAAGGUCAAGGUCAUGGCUGUAAGCUGGGUGCGCAUACGGAGGUUAGAAAGUCCACUAUGAAACGCAUCGGUAUAUAUAUAAAUACCGGGGCCAGGAGGCAUUCCUCAUCGAUCAACUUGUCCUCUGCCUAGUAGCUAGCACCGAUCAAGGAUGGCUCUUGCUCCCCGGUCGUCUCUGCGCUCCCUGUUGCUGCUCAUGUCCCACGGGAAGCCACAGCUGAGCUCUUUCUUCUCCUCCUCCGCCGCCGCCACAGGCGUUCCGCCGGUCGCCCCAGGAGCUGAUACCCCUCCGGCUGCUCCGGCCGUCCAGCUUCCAGUCACCACAGCUCGGCCAGAUCGUUCAUGCCCGAAGCUCCCUGAUGGUCCACGUACAUAUCAGGAAGAGCCUGUUCUUCGGCCACUUCAUGGAGUAACUGACAACGCUUGUCUGAACGCCCCUCAAGAUCCUAGCGCAUACCCAACUCCUGAUCAUGGGUCAUGUCGCACACCUGAACCUGUACCUGUCAAGCCUCCCCGGGCCAUCCCUGAAUUUCCUAUGCACCCUGAAGUUCCUAUACACAAAGUUCGUGAUCCACCACCUAGGACGCGUCGUGGCGCUGUAACCAAUGGUUCAUGUGGCACACCUGAAACUGUACCUGUCAAGCCUCCCCGUGACAUCUCCGAAGGUCCUGGACACGAAAUUCCUAGACACCCUAUUCAUGAUCCACCACCUAGGACGCAUCGUGGCGCUGUAACCAAUGGUUUCUGUGGCACACCUGAACCUGCACCUGUACAUGUACCCGUCAAGCCUCCUAGGGCCAUCCCCGAAUUUCCUAUGCACCCCGAAGUUCCUAUACACAAAGUUCGUGAUCCACCACCUAGGACGCGUCGUGACGCUGUAACCAAUGGUUCAUGUGGCACACCUGAAACUAUACCUGUCAAGCCUCCCCGGGACAUCUCUGAAGGUCCUGGACACGAAAUUCCUAGACACCCUAUUCAUGAUCUACCACCUAGGACGCAUCGUGGCGCUGUAACCAAUGGUUCCUGUGGCACACCUGAACCUGCACCUGUACAUGUACCUGUCAAGCCUCUCAAGGGGAUCUCCGAAGAUGUUAAACACAAAGUUGGUGAUCCACCACGUAGGCCUAAAGCUGUAAUCGACCAGUCUGCACAGUGCUCUCCGACUGCUCCUGCCGUUUAGUCUCCGUUCA